AUGGCCGACGAAAGCGUCACUCCGGCGCCUCCAAGGCAGUACUCAAAGCGAGUCGAGGAUCAAGUCGAACACCAAGCCGCCACUCUCCCUCCCCUAAAGGAGAAAGAUGCCGUUGCCAUUGCGGCGGCCGGCGGCUAUGUUGUCGACGACCUUAUCAACGAUAUGGAGCAGCAGCUUGCUGCUGCUGGUGGCAUGCGCAAGAGCUUCUGGGACCUUGAAUUCAAGGACCCGCGCCAUUUCACCUGGGUCAUUGUCGCCUUCGCCUCCAUGGGUGGUCUGCUUUCGGGACUCGAUCAGUCCCUCAUCAGCGGUGCUAACCUUUUCCUGCCCAAGGAUUUGGGCUUGACUACUGCUCAGAACAGUCUGGUCAACUCGGGUAUGCCGCUGGGCGCUGUUGGUGGUGCAUUGAUUUUGGGUGUGUGCAACGAGAAUUUCGGUAGAAGGUGGUCCAUUAUCAUCUCCACCAUUCUUUACACUAUCGGCGCCGCACUUGAGGCUGGAUCGAUGAACUAUGGUAUGAUUGUCGCCUCCCGUGUCAUUCUUGGUGUCGGUGUCGGUUUGGAAGGUGGCACCGUCCCCGUCUACGUCGCCGAGACCGUCGAGCGCAGGAUCCGCGGUAACCUCGUCUCCCUCUACCAAUUCAACAUCGCGCUGGGCGAAGUCCUCGGCUACGCCGUCGCGGCUAUGUUCCUGCGCGUGCCGGGUAACUGGCGCUACAUCCUGGGCUCCUCGCUCGUCUUCUCCACCAUCAUGUUCUUCGGCAUGCUGUUUCUGCCCGAGUCCCCCCGCUUCCUUAUGCACAAGGGUAAGACGCUCGAGGCCUACAAGGUGUGGAAGCGGAUCCGCGGCGUCGAGCGGCAGGACGCCCGCGAGGAGUUCUUCGUCAUGAAGGUUUCCGUCCUCGACGAGCAGCAGGCCAUAGCCGAGGGCUCCAGCAACAAGCGCUUCCCCUGGAUGGACUUCUUCACCAACCCGCGCGCCCGCCGUGCCCUCAUCUACGCCAAUAUUAUGAUUCUACUGGGACAACUGACCGGAGUCAACGCCAUCAUGUACUACAUGAGCAUCCUCAUGAACCAGAUCGGCUUCAACGAAGAGAAGUCAACAUACAUGUCCCUCGUCGGUGGCGGCUCCCUCCUCAUUGGCACCAUCCCCGCCAUCUUCCUCAUGGAGAAGUUUGGCCGCCGCUUCUGGGCUAACAUGAUGUUGCCCGGGUUCUUCGUCGGACUCGUUAUCAUCGGCGCCAGCUACCAGAUCAACGUCGAGACCAAUCUCCUGGGCGCCGAGAUCUGCUACCUCAUCGGUCUCGUCCUCUACAUGGGUUUCUUCGGUUGCUACGCCUGUCUAACCUGGGUCGUGCCGUCGGAGGUGUACCCUACUUAUCUUCGAUCCUACGGCAUGACCACCUCGGACGCCCUGCUCUUCCUCGCUUCUUUCGUCGUCACAUACAAUUUCUCGGCUAUGCAAGAGGCCAUGACCCGCACAGGUCUCACCCUCGGCUUCUACGGCGGAAUUGCGGUGUUGGGUUGGUUUUACCAGAUCAUCUUCAUGCCUGAGACUAAGGACAAGACUCUGGAGGAGAUUGAUCUCUUGUUUGAGAGGCCCACAAGGGAGAUUGCUGCCGAGAAUAUCAAGAACACCGUUCAGGGUUUCGCGGAUUUCUUUAUGGGUCGGUGGAGCAAUUUGCGCCCGACUGUCCGAGGCGGAUAUUAUGAGGGAUGA